UUUGUAGGUGACCCAGUCGGGUGUGCGCACUUUCAAGCUGAUACUGUGUGUGUGCGCGCGCUCUCAUAGACUAUGUGAUGGACGCGAGGAGGCUCAGUUUCAUUUCUGACUUUCAAAAUGAUUUAUUUUGCACAGAAUCAAAGCGAAACAACUUUUCCAGUUAUCUUAAUAAAUUGGUUUGGCUAAAAGCUCAAUUCAGCUCAACUUAAGGAAUUUACAUUCAGUCCAUAUUAUCGGUCAACAUACCUGAGAGAGCGCAGGUGGUGGCAUGCUGAUCUGAAAGGAUAUGUUUGGGUCUGGUUAAAUAAGCUUUAAGAUGCCUGAUCCCCUGCCCCAGUACCUGUCUCAGUGAUGAAGAGCACCCCUACCAUCUUCUUCCUCACUCUAUCUGUCCUGUGCAGAGCUGAGAGCGUGAGUGGUAAGACGGUGAAGGACACGGUUCAAGAAUGGAGCAGGUACCGAAACGAGUGUCUAAUGGCGAUAAGCGCACAACCCACCCCAUCAGGCUUAUUUUGCAAAUCCAUGUUUGAUAUGUACGCUUGUUGGACAAAUGGAGUUCCCAACACAACUGUUAAAGUACCCUGCCCCUGGUAUCUACCCUGGUAUGAUCAAGUGCGUAAUGGAUUUGUGCUGAGGGAGUGUGGUCCAGAUGGCCAGUGGCUCACUGUCAACAGCAGUCGCACCUGGCGAGAUCACUCACAAUGCAAUGCAGACAGCAGCCAGCAGACAGCACAGGAGAAUCAGAUGCUGAUCUUGGCCUAUUUCAGGGUGAUAUACACAAUUGGCUACUCGCUGUCUUUGGCCAGCCUGUCUUUGGCUUUAGUCAUACUUCUUAUAUUCAGGAAGCUUCACUGCACACGUAACUACAUCCACACCAACCUGUUUGCCUCAUUUAUCCUGCGAGCUCUGUCCAUCCUCACGAGAGAUGCCCUUCUCAUGAAAGACGUUCCUGAGUUCAGAGACAACAAAGAUGUUUCCAUUGUGCUAAGUGAUCAGGUGAUGUCAAGCUGCCGUGUGGCCCAGGUCCUGAUGCAGUACUGUGUUGGGGCCAAUUACUAUUGGCUGCUGGUUGAAGGUCUGUAUCUUCACAAUCUUCUGGUGCUGAUGGUCUUCUCAGAAAAUAGUUACUUCUGCGUAUACGUCUUCAUCGGUUGGGGUACACCUGUGCUGUUUGUUGUGCCUUGGAUUGUUGUGCGUUACCUGUAUGAGAACACAAGGUGCUGGGAAAUCAAUGAGAACAUGGCAUAUUGGUGGAUCAUUCGAACACCAAUACUCUUGGCAAUUUUUGUGAACUUUUUCAUAUUUUUAAGGAUUAUUCAGAUCCUCAUUUCCAAAUUAAAAGCACAUCAGAUGAGAUAUACAGAUUAUAAAUUUAGGUUAGCAAAGUCCACGCUGACCCUCAUUCCCCUGUUAGGGAUUCACGAGGUGGUGUUUGCCCUGAUGACAGCUGAGACGGAGGGUGUACUUCGCAAUGUUAAUCUCUUCUUUGAACUUUUCUUCAACUCCUUUCAGGGCUUUCUGGUGGCCAUAUUAUACUGUUUUGUCAAUAAAGAGGUGCAGUCGGAAAUCAAAAAGAAGUGGCAUCGAUGGAAACUGGGAAUAAGCAGUUUAGACGAUCAACGUAACACAGGUAGCAACACGCAGCAGGGAGGUACCGGGUCCAGGUGCCACCACGACCCACCAUGUUCUCCAGAGUGCCCUCUGGACAGUGGCAGCCAACUAUCAUCCGAUCCAACCCCCACAGCCAGCCAACCGAGCACUCAGCAUCAUUACCAUCCUGUCGCAAAGAAAGGCAAAACCUACGGCUACUCCUCUGCCAGAAAGCAGGAUCCGAACGGGUUUGAUGUGCCAGCUUUGCCCCAGUGUGGAGCUGAGGGUGAAGUGGGAUAUUCAGAGAGCUACUGCUGACAGCUGUGGAUAAGUUCACAUUUUAUUGAUGGGACCAUUGAUUGGCCAGACGGAUAUUAUGGUGUCUUGGAAGAUGAGCCCUCUAACCCAAAUGGAAUGGUUUUUUUUGGGGAUGGAUACAGUAUAUAGAUACCCACUGGGAAUUUUUCUACUCCUGAAGUAUGUGCACUUAAAUAAUUUAUGAGUUUGGCGAAAGCUAUAUACGUGGCAACCCAGAUUUUUUUCUGCUUUACUUCUAUACCUCAUUUUGGACACCAGAUAAAGUCUGUUAUGUGCCAACAUUGGGGAUCAACUCAAAAAUGUGUACAUAAAGUAAAUGAGAUGUUUUCAUUGAACAAAUAUCUGUUGAAAGUAAACAUACCAAUAUAUACAGGUAAGGCACACAAACAUCACCUGGCCUGCAAGGUCAUCAAAUAAUAAUACAGAGGUCUCAAGAAUUCGAAUACUUAAACCGCACAUUCAAAUGUAUAAUGUUAAAAAAUAGAUAAAUGAUUGCAAGGACCAACAACAGGACAAACAUGUUUAUAGUUUAAAGGAAAACACCACAGUUUUUCAAUAUUUUACUAUGUUUUUACCUCAACAUAGCUGAAUUAAUACAUCCCUAUCUUUUAAUCUUUGUAUAGCGCGUCGUGAAUAUGUUAGCAUUUAGCCUAGCCCCAUUCAUUCCUAUGGCUCCAAACAAAAGUUUUAUUUUGUGCCACCAUACUUGUGUAACUACUCAUGUAACCAUAUUUAAAUAGAGAAAACAUGGAAGUGUUUGGUGGCUUCUAAAUUCAUCUCUGUUUGGAUCCUAAGGAAUGAAUGGGGCUAGGCUAAAUGCUAACACAUUCACGACGCGCUGUACAAAGAUUAAGUGCACACAUUGAAAAAAGAUAGGUAUGUAUUAAUUCGUCUGAGUUGAGGUAAGAACAUAGUAAAAUAUUAAAAAACUGUGGUGUUUUCCUUUAAGCACAUCCUCAUUGUGAAGUGCCUCUGUAGGUCUUGAAUGUCUUUAUGGGGGUGUUGUUGUAUCAUUCUUAUGUAACCUAGGGAGCAACAAUGUCUGCCUGACUUAAACAACAAAAAAUCUAAUUCCUUUAUGGCUCUGCAUUCCAGUCAAUAGUCUAAUCCCCUUUCAUGUAAUGCCAUGACAGAUACCAAGCUGUGAUCUGUGUUUCUACAAAAGUAUUUGGGUUUGCUAAACGGAUUAGCAGGUAAUUUACUUAACAGGCAACAGUAACUUGGAAACCGUUUCUUUCCUAAAUUUUCCGUCCUCACGAGAGAAGGAACGUCAUCGGAACAUCAGAUACUAAAUAUGGUAGUCUGGAAAAAUGUUUAAAUUAUUGUGUUUUUCUAAAAUCUAUUUUUAUACCUCGUAGUCUCCUCUUUAUUUGUUAAAAUCACAUCAUUGGAUUAUUUUUGUUGUUCUACAUUCUUCUUGAAUAAAUAAACAGGGGAGUGAAAAUAGUUUUUGCACAUAGGUAAUUUUGUCCCUGGCACAUAAAAAGAACAUGUUAUGUCAGACGUAAAAAGCUUCCAAGAUGUUGGAGGUGAUUGUCUCAUUCCAUUAAUGGACAUCUAAAGCCACCUAGUGGAUAUAAACAGAACUGCGCAAAACAUUACAUUUUCUGAAUCACAUCUCUCACAUUGCAUUUUAAAAGCAUUGGUGGUCAUGUGUGAAUUUGUGAUAUUAUGGUAAAUAUAUUGGCAAAUAUCACUGUUGUGAGGUCUUUUUAAUACGUAAACAAACAUUAUUAUUGAUGGGACACACGUUACUCUUCUUGUUUUGUAAUCUUUGGUAAGGAAUCAGUGUGAAGGUCACUGUGCUGUCUUAGAUAUUGAGAUAUAUUACCAAUGUAAAACAGUAGCUUAUGAUUACCCCAAAGCAUUCCACACAUGCUUUAGCACACCUGUUGUCACAUUCACAACUAAAGAAACAUAAUUAGUAUAGGAAGGCUCCCUAAAAAGUUCACCCGUGACUGUUAACUGGCUGGACCGUAUGUUUUGUUGUUAUUGCCAGAAAACAUUUGUGCAAUAAGGCAGUUUGGGCCAUAUUUAUUUAUUUCAUUAAAGCAUCAAACAGA